AUGGAGCUAGAAGAGGCCAUGAGGAGAUACACCAGCCCAGUGAACCCGGCUGUCUUCCCCCAUGUGACUGUGGCGCUGUUGGCCAUUGGCAUGAUCUUCACCUCCUGGUUCUUCAUUUACGAGGUUACCUCCACCAAGUACACUCCUGAUGUCUAUAAAGAGCUCCUCAUCUCCUUAGUGGCCUCGCUUUUUCUGGGCUUUGGAGUCUUCUUGCUGUUCUGGGUUGGCAUCUACUUAUGA